GGGAAGCGCCGCCUCUCCUUGGGCCCCUUCUCUCCCCCUUACCCCUCCCUGCGGGUCCCGGCGCAGCCAGAUGCUGCGCAGCGGCCACCGAUUCCCCAUCACCAGUUUGGCUGGCCUCCCCGAGGCCGCGGGCUCCCGCAGGUUCCCCUUGGCCCCGAGUUAUAGUCGGGACUCCUCGGUCGCGGGUGAUUGUCGGGUCCCCACGGGCCCGGGUCGCUGGGGCAGAUCAGGCCUCCGCGCCUUCUCAGGACACCCGACAAGGCCACGGGCAAGAUGAACAUUCUGGCGCCGGUGCGGAGGGACCGCGUCCUGGCGGAGCUGCCCCAGUACCUGAGGAAGGAAGCCGCUUUGCACAUGCACAAAGACUUCCACCCCCGGGUCACCUGCGCUUGCCAGGAGCACCGGACAGGCACCGUGGGCAGAUUUAAAAUCUCCAAGGUCAUUGUGGUGGGGGACCUGUCGGUGGGGAAGACUUGCCUCAUUAAUAGGUUCUGCAAGGACACCUUUGAUAAGAAUUACAAGGCCACCAUUGGAGUGGACUUUGAGAUGGAACGAUUUGAGGUGUUGGGUGUUCCCUUCAGCCUGCAGCUCUGGGAUACUGCUGGACAGGAGAGAUUCAAAUGCAUUGCAUCGACCUACUACCGAGGAGCUCAAGCCAUCAUCAUUGUCUUCAGCCUGAAUGAUGUGGCCUCCCUGGAACAUACCAAGCAGUGGCUAGCUGAUGCCCUCAAGGAGAACGACCCUUCCAACGUGCUUCUCUUCCUUGUGGGUUCCAAGAAGGACCUGAGUACUCCUGCUCAGUAUGUGUUAAUGGAGAGAGACGCACUCCAGGUGGCCCAAGAGAUGAAGGCUGAGUACUGGGCAGUCUCCUCUCUCACUGGUGAAAAUGUCCGGGAAUUCUUUUUCCGUGUGGCGGCGCUGACCUUUGAGGCCAAUGUGCUGGCUGAGCUGGAGAAAUCGGGGGCCCGGCGCAUUGGGGAUGUUGUCCGCAUCAACAGUGAUGACAACAACCUGUACCUAACUGCCAGCAAGAAGAAACCUACAUGUUGCUUUUGAGGGAUGAGGGACUGCUCAGCCCUGGGGCACCGUGCCGCUUCGACUCCCCCAGACCUCUACCCCUGGACAUUUGCACUAACUGUUAUUACAGACCAAAGAGCUGCACCUUGGUGGCAGUGCCCCCAGAGGGGCAGUUGGGACCAUGCUAGUCACUUCCUGCCCCUAGACACCACACCAAAGACUGGAUGCCCCUUCCUCCAGGGGCUCCCCAGGGUGCCCAGCAGUAGAGAGGCGAUCCCCGCUUCUUUUGCUCCACUUGCUGGGCCCUUUGGGUAUGAGGAUGCUUAAUGAUCCCAGACUUACACGGUGCCUUAUGCAUUAAAUU